GAGGUGACGUGAGCCAGGACCUCUCAGAUUCGCGGCGACCACACGUAUUACGGCGCUCGUUGCCCACCGAAAGAGCUCCCAUUCUCUUUUUGCAGUCUCUUUCUGGUGUGGUCGUGUUUGUCUUUGCUUUGAGUGCGUCUGCCGGUUGAGAAGUGUGGACGCCAUCGAACAGCAUCAUGGAUAAGCAAAUGUUUAAUCUAAAGCUGGCGGUCAAGCAGCUAGAGCGCAUGGCCAAGAAGGCGGAGAAGGAUGAAAAGUCGGAGCGCACCAAGAUCAAAAAGGCAAGCGAGCAGAUGUCAUCCGGCUUGCUGGGCGCCAUGGAGAAGGGCAAUCAAGAGAAUGCCCGCAUUCAUGCCGAAAACGCGAUUCGCAACCACAAUCAGCACACCCAGUUUCUGCGCAUGUCCGCGCGUGUUGAUGCCGUGGUGCAGCGCGUACAGACAGCCAUCACCAUGCAAAAAGUGUCCGUUUCCAUGAAGGGCGUCGUUAAGAGCAUGGACCGUGCCAUGAGCGCCAUGAAUCUCACGCAGCUGAGUCAACUGAUGGAGAAGUUUGAACAGCAAUUCGAGGACCUUGAUGUUCAAACGGCCGUUAUGGACGGUGCCAUGUCCUCCACCACUGCACAAUCCAUGCCUCCGGAUCAAGUGGAUGCGCUGAUCAAUCAAGUCGCCGAUGAGCAUGGGCUCGAGCUUGGAGAAGCAUUGGGGUCAGCGCCCACCGCUGCCCAGCAAGCUGCCGCCGAACAGGACGACCUCUCCCAGCGACUGGCGCGCUUGCGCGAACAGUGAUUGCAUGCUGGCUCUCCUGUUCUUCAUCCAUGGUCAAAUGUCUUUCCCACCUUUGUUCUGUUACCGGUGCAUCCCGGCUUGUGUGCCGUGUGCUAUCAAGGGUUGCUCGGAUCACACCGACCAGCCCAGUGCCUGCCCCUUAAGCUCCUCCUAAUCCAUCCAAGAUGGCUCC